AUGAGGGAACAUUCUGCAGUAUAAAGGGAGCGGGGAAGGCGGGAGACAGCGCAGUUUGAAUCGCGGUGCGACGAAGGAGUAGGCGGUGGGAUCUCGCUGUGUGUUUGACUAGCCUUUUCUCUGCCUUGCUUGUUUGAGCUUCAGCACAAUUCGAAAUGGCUGGCGGUAAGGCUGGGAAGGACUCCGGAAAGGCCAAGACAAAGGCGGUUUCCCGCUCGCAGAGAGCCGGCUUGCAGUUUCCGGUGGGCCGUAUUCAUCGACACUUGAAAUCUAGGACGACCAGCCACGGGCGUGUAGGCGCGACUGCCGCCGUGUACAGCGCAGCUAUCCUGGAGUACCUCACCGCAGAGGUACUUGAACUGGCAGGAAAUGCAUCAAAAGAUUUGAAGGUAAAGCGUAUUACUCCUCGUCAUUUGCAACUUGCUAUUCGUGGAGAUGAAGAAUUGGACUCGCUGAUCAAGGCUACAAUUGCUGGUGGUGGUGUCAUUCCACAUAUCCACAAAUCUCUGAUUGGGAAGAAAGGACAACAGAAGACUGUCUAAAGGAUGCCUGGAUUCCUUAUUAUCUCAGGACUCUAAAUACUCGAACAGCUGUCCAGUGUUGGUGAUUCCAGUGGACUGUAUCUCUGUGAAAAACACAAUUUUGCCUUUUUGUAAUUCUAUUUGAGCAAGUUGGAAGUUUAAUUAGCUUUCCAACCAACCAAAUUUCUGCAUUUGAGUCUUAACCAUAUUUAAGUGUUACUGUGGCUUCAAAGAAGCUAUUGAUUCUGAAGUAGUGGGUUUUGAUUGAGUUGACUGUUUUUAAAAAACUGUUUGGAUUUUAAUUGUGAUGCAGAAGUUAUAGUAACAAACAUUUGGUUUUGUACAGACAUUAUUUCCACUCUGGUGGAUAAGCUCAAUAAAGGUCAUAUCCCAGCCUA